GCUGCUUUAAUCAGUAUGGGUGUAUGUACUGUUCAUUGGAACACGAGCAACUUUUUUUAUUGGCUUCAAGAAAAACAUGGAGAUGUGUUCACAGUGCACUUGGGACCGAGGCCUGUGGUUGUGUUGUGUGGGACACAGACGAUAAGGGAGGCUCUGGUGAACCACGCUGAAGCUUUUUCUGGCCGGGGGACCAUUGCUGCAGCUCAGCUAGUUAUGCAGGACUAUGGUAUAUUUUUUGCCAAUGGGGAACGCUGGAAGACCCUUCGGCGAUUCUCUCUGGCCACCAUGAAAGAGUUUGGGAUGGGAAAGCGGAGUGUGGAGGAGAGGAUAAAGGAUGAAGCCCAAUGUUUGGUGGAGGAACUGAAGAAAUACCAGGGAGUACCCCUGGAUCCCAUCUUUCUCUUCCAGUGCAUCACAGCCAACAUCAUCUGCUCCAUUGUCUUUGGAGAGCGCUUUGACUACACAGAUGACCAGUUCCUUCAUCUGCUGAAUCUGAUGUAUAAGAUCUUUUCACUCUUAAACUCAUUCUCUGGUCAGAUGUUUGAGCUCUUCUCUGGAUUCCUGAAGUACUUUCCUGGUGUACACAGACAAAUUGUCAAAAAACAGCAGGAACUCCUCGACUACAUUGCCCAUAGUGUGGAGAAGCACAAGGCCACCUUGGACCCCAGUGCUCCACGAGACUAUAUUGAUACCUACCUUCUGAGGAUGGAGAAGGAGAAGUCAAACCACAACACGGAGUUCCAUCACCAGAACCUCAUUAUGUCUGUGCUCUCUCUCUUCUUUGCUGGAACUGAGACUACGAGCUCCACCCUCCACUAUGGAGUUCUGCUCAUGCUCAAGUACCCCCAUGUCACAGAGAAAGUCCAAAAGGAGAUUGAUCAUGUGAUUGGUUCACACCGGCUACCAACUCUUGAUGACCGCACCAAAAUGCCAUACACAGAUGCAGUCAUCCAUGAGAUUCAGAGAUUUUCAGAUAUUAUCCCAAUUGGUCUACCACAUAGAGUCAUCAAAGACACACUGUUCCGAGGGUACCUGCUCCCCAAGAACACAGAGGUGUACCCCGUCCUUAGUUCAGCUCUACAUGAUCCACGGUACUUUGAACAACCAGACAAGUUCAAUCCUGAGCACUUCCUAGAUGCCAAUGGGGCACUGAAGAAAUGUGCAGCUUUUCUGCCCUUCUCCACAGGAAAGCGCAUUUGUCUUGGUGAAAGCAUUGCCCGCAAUGAAUUGUUCAUUUUCUUCACAACCAUUCUCCAGAACUUCUCUGUGGCAAGCCCUGUUGCCCCUAAGGACAUUGACCUCACUCCCAAGGAAAAUGGUAUUGGAAAAAUACCUCCAACACACCAGAUCUGCUUCUUAGCCCGCUAAUUGGGGUGAGGGAGCCAGGUGUCACCACUUAUGUUGAGAAUGGCUCUAUCUUUGUGCCUCUAAGAGAGCUGCUGAAAACCAGGCCAUUGGUAGCUGCUCACACCCUUCCUUCUACUGUUGUUCUCCAAAGCUCCAAGGCAUGUUCUUCUUCCCUGGGAAUGGUGCUGGAGAAAUCAAUCAACUGUCUGUUUUGAUUUCUGGAGUCCACAACUCAUGCUGAGUCACUUCCCUUUUCCUCCCAAUAGUCCAAGUCUUCACAUAUCAGCUCUCCAUGAUCUGUGAUCUGUGCUAGUGGACUCUAUAUAAGAUCUGAUUUCUAUGCCUACAGAGUUGCCUAGUAUGUAUGGCUCAGGUAAACAGAAUCAUAUAGUGUGUGA